CCAGGCCCCAGGGCCAAAUUCUUUGAAGUACGCAACCCUCAAGAGUCAAGGCUCAAAGUUUCAGCGAGCAGCUUUCGAUCAGAAUCAAAGCAGGAAGGACAGGCGGGCAAACAUGGCUGGUGUUGCGCGUGCCGCCAGCUUGGGUUUGCCAACAGCCUGUGGUCUGGGAAGUUUUAGGAAGCAAGGGGAUGCGGCUGGGCGGCGAGCGGCAACGUCUAAGCUGCAUUGUCAACGAGAUGCAUUUGUGAACUCUCCAUUGCUUUUGCCGCCCGAGACUGGGAAGCACGCUGGGUUGAGCAGAAAAGAAGCGCGUGCUGCGCUGAAACGAGAUGAGGGGCACGAGGGGGCCUCUGCAAAAGAGGGCCUCUUCUCCGCCCUCAAGCGCUCCGCUGCCGCCGCCGCCCUCGCACUCACUCUCGCCAGCCCCAGCCAAUCGCUUGCGACCACCCUCUCCCCGCCUCCUCUAAACCCCGUGCUCGGGGACGUCUCCGUGCUCAUCUCGGGACCCCCGAUAAAGGAUGCCCGCACGCUGCUGCGAAACGCGCUGCCAAUCCAGGGCAAGGCAGUCAAGGAAGUGCAGGCUGCACUGGAGGGCAUCACGGAGAGCCUCAGGCUACCCGGCACCAAGGGCUUUGACCAAGUCUCCGGGGCCGUACGGAAAGCGUCUGGUGCUCUGAACCAGAACCUGGAUGGCAUCCUCAACGAGGUCCCAGAAGCCAAGAGGGCGGACGCGUCACAGCUGGUAGACCAACUGAGGGCGGGCCUGUCCGAUUUCCAGCAAGUUCUGCAGGGAAGCAGCAAGGAGGCGGUGGCGACGAAGCAGAAGGAGCUCCUGUCGAUUGUCGGGAACAUCGAAGAGGCGAUGGUGCAACGCUUCCCCUUCGAGAUUCCGGCGGAGUUCGCGGGAAAGCCGUGGCUCAAGGGCCGCGCAACGGUUGAGAUCAAGCUGAAGGUCAAGGAUAAUGCGAACCUGUCCAAGGUCACGAUGACUGCGGUUGUGGACGGGUACAAUGCGCCAAUCACGGCGGGCAACUUCGUGGACUUGGUGGAGCGGCGCUUUUACGACGGGAUGGAUAUCCAAAGAGCUGAUGGGUUUGUGGUCCAGACGGGCGACCCCGACGGUCCGUCGGAGGGGUUCGUUGACCCGAACACGGGCAAGCUGCGCACCAUCCCCCUAGAGAUCAAGGUCAUCGGAGACAAGCUGCCCAUUUACGGCGCUACUCUCGAGGACGAGGGCCGUUACAAGGCCCAAACCCGCCUUCCCUUCAACGCGUUUGGCACGAUGGCAAUGGCCAGAGAGGAGUUUGACGCCGACAGCGCGUCCAGCCAGAUCUUCUUCCUGCUCAAGGAGUCGGAGCUGACCCCCAGCCAGGCCAAUAUCCUGGACGGGCGCUACUCCGUGUUUGGCUACAUCGUCGAUAACGAGGACUUCUUGGCGGACCUCAAAGUGGGCGACUCCAUCGAGAGCAUGCGGGUCGUGCAGGGCAUCGAGAACCUGCAAAACCCCAGCUACAAGUGACCGUGAUCUUCCAUUGGUCCACCAUCUGGACUGCUUCCGAGUUGCACAAGCUACAAUCAGGCAGAGCACUAGUUUUGCAAGUUACUUCAGACAGCUUACGAAAGCUCUGCUAACAAACAGCAAGCAAGUUUUGGUGUUUGUGUGUCGCUUGCGCGAGGUAUCAGGUAGUCCGUUGUGCUAAACGAGAUUCAUAUAUGGAGCGUUUGCAAGCAGUCUUUCCUCCAUGAUGCGUUUGCUUUUGAAGUUGCCAUUCAGCCCAAUUGCAAGGGCUGAAACUGUUUGCUAUCACCAUCAAGUUUGCCUUGCAAAGACUCGGCCCAGUGAAGAACCUACGGGCUGCAGAUGGCUUCAGACACCGAGGG